UUUUCUUCAAUCAUUUCACACAGCAGUUCACCAAGUUCCUCCACUGCAGACAGAGACAGUCAUGUUGAUCUGAACAUUAGAGAAACUCAUCAUGGAGCUGAAAUAUCAUCCUGAUUCACUCAGAUGACACUUGAACAGCACACAGGUUUUUGUAGCACACUUUAUUGAUGUGUGGGUCGGGCUCUUACUAUCUCAUCUUUGGAUCUGGAACUGGACUGUUUGUAUCGGAUGAGUCCGUAGUGAAGCCCGUGGUGAGCGUGUACCCAGCAGCAUCCAGAGUCCCUGUGGAGAGGGGCAGCUCCCUGCUGUGUCUGGCCUCAGCCAUGUUUCCUCCUGUGGUCCAGUUCUCCUGGAAAAGACAGAAGAACAACGGACAACCAGAGAACCUUCCUUCUACUGGGACAGAGCAGCUGGAUCUCAGAGAGUCUGGACGCAGCGCCUCCAUCCUGCUGAUCCAUCAGCAAGAGGACAGCUCCUAUAAAUACAUCUGCUCAGUCAAACAUGAGGGGGGAACAGUGGAGGUCCAAACACAACAAGAGUUUGCUGCACUUCCAGCUGCAGGUUCCACAGCAGCUCUAACAUCCCAUCCAGCAUCUUCCAGCAUUCUAGCAGAGGGAACAGCCUCUGUUCCUCCUCUGGACCUGGUGAAGCUGUCCUUCCAGUCUGAGUGCAGGGUGAAGCUGCUCUGCCUGCUGUACACAGUGCUGAUAGUGAAGAGUCUGGUGUACUGCUGUGGACUCUCUCUGCUGAUGAUCCUCAGAAACAAGGGAGCAUCCACCAACUCCAAACAUGCUGACUGACUGUUUUCUGAUCCUCUUUUCUCUCCAUCAAAUCUCAUCCUUUCAUCUCAUUCAUCACUUUGAUCACAGCUCUCUAAUGCUCUUAAUGACUUGAUACAGAUUCUUCAUCAAACUGUAUCAGUAGAUGUUUUAUGAAGAUGUUACAUUGAUUUCUCCUUUUUCAUUUAAAUAUUUUUUAUACACAGUGAUCCAUCUUCUUUAAAUGUAACUGUUUUUAUUAAAAUA